GUCUGAUGUGGAAGGUGCCCGCCGCCGGUCGUCUCGGGGCCGCGCUUGACUUCGCCCCGUUCGCUCCCUAGCCAUGGACAGGGCUCACAGUUGGGACCAAAACCCCCUCGAGUGUCGUGCAAGGGAUGUGUGAGUGUGGAAAUAAGCGCCGUAACAUGAAAACUAGUUAGGGAAAAGGGGGUAGAUCCAAAGGUGCUCUCGAAGAUGGAAGCGAAAAUGGCUGACGCCUGAGACUCGGAGGACCUUAUGCGAGGCGGCGCUGCGGAAUGCUCGAGGACGCAGCUGGCAGGAGGAGUGAGAACAGCAGGUUUUGGGUGUUUUAUGCAGUGAUCGUUGAAUUGUCCCCACAAGUGGCUGGAAUUUGCUUAUGCGUACGUCUCAUUGUGUUUGUCGGAGAACUCUGCCUCCAGCCCUGUAAAGGCAAGGGAAUGCAUGACAUGUUCAUCUCUCCGGCGGGAGGUGAGCCCAGUGCAGUCUUGCAUGCCCCUGCCAAUUCUGGACAGUGCCUGCAGAGGAAGCGAAAGUUGGAUCAGACUACCAGUGACUACCCAAGUGCUGCAUCAAGUUACACAGUGACCCCUGUAGCAGCACCAGCACAUACUAUAGCUGCUAAACAUCUCUCUCAUCAGACUGGUAGUCUAUAUAGUGAUGGCGUGACCUUAAGCCAAACAAAACCGCACCACCAACAGCAGCAGCAGCUGCAGCAACAACAGCAGCAGCAGCAGCAACAGCAGCAGCAGCAGCAGCAGCAGCAGCAGCAGCAGCAGCAGCAGCAGCAGCAGCAGCAGCAACAGCAGCAACAACAGCAACAACAACAGCAACAGCAACAGCAACAGCAACAGCAACAGCAACAUCAGCAUCAGCAUGGGCAGCAACAACAGACUCACAAGAUUAACAAUAACAGCACCAACACUUCAUCAGGACAUCACCACCAUCAUCACCACCACCACCAUCACUCAGCCAGAGCAGCUGGCUCGGGUGCCACCUACCAGCAGCAUCAACAUCACCAACAGCAACAGCCACGAGCAUCCACUAUCAAACUCUUAGACCCCUACCAGAAGUGCUCCACAAAGCGCAAGUGCUUUGACCACAAUGGCAGUGGUGGUGGUAGUUUGGGUCUAGAGAGUGGGAAGGUGGGGCCCCCAGGUGGUGCCCCAGGAACAGCCUCCAAGACGGUGGCCCACGGGAAGGUGGCCCUGGGUGGCGGGGCACACAAUGCCACCAAGGGCGUCAAUUCAAAUGCUGCCGACGGAGACUAUCAGUUGGUACAACAUGAGGUGUUGUACUCCCUCACUGCCCAGUAUGAGGUGCUGGAAUUCCUGGGGCGUGGCACAUUUGGCCAAGUGGUCAAGUGCUGGAAAAAGGGCACCAAUGAUAUUGUGGCCAUUAAAAUCCUCAAGAAUCAUCCCUCCUAUGCUAGGCAGGGUCAGAUUGAGGUUGGAAUCUUGACAAGACUCAGCCAGGAAAAUGCAGACGAGUACAACUUUGUGCGAGCAUUCGAGUGUUUCCAGCACAAGAAUCACACCUGUCUGGUGUUUGAAAUGCUUGAACAGAACCUGUAUGACUUCCUCAAACAGAACAAAUUCUCACCACUGCCUCUUAAAUUCAUCAGACCUAUUUUACAACAGGUUUUAACUGCUCUUCUUAAACUAAAGCAACUUGGCCUGAUCCAUGCUGACCUCAAGCCAGAAAAUAUCAUGCUGGUUGAUCCAGUCAGACAGCCAUAUCGUGUCAAAGUCAUAGAUUUUGGCAGUGCUUCACAUGUUAGCAAGGCAGUCUGUAACACCUACCUACAGUCCCGCUACUACCGAGCUCCUGAGAUCAUUUUGGGUCUCCCUUUCUCUGAAGCCAUCGACAUGUGGUCCUUAGGUUGUGUUAUAGCAGAACUGUUCCUGGGUUGGCCACUCUACCCUGGGUCCUCAGAAUAUGACCAGAUUCGUUACAUCAGCCAGACUCAAGGGAUCCCAGCUGAGCAUAUGCUGAACAAUGCUACAAAGACCACAAAGUUCUUUUACCGAGACAAUGAGUCAACAUACCCAUUCUGGAGACUAAAGACCCCAGAGGAACACGAAGGAGAGACAGGCAUCAAGAGUAAAGAGGCUCGUAAGUACAUCUUCAACUGUUUAGAUGAUAUGGGUCAGGUUAAUGUACCCACGGAGCUGGAAGGCGGUGAGCUUUUGGCAGAGAAGGCAGAUCGACGUGAAUUCAUAGAUCUUCUCAAAAGAAUGCUGACCAUGGACCAAGAGAGACGCAUAACACCUGGAGAAGCUUUACAACACAGCUUUGUCACUUUACAACACCUUCUAGAUUAUCCACACUGCUCCAAUGUGAAGGCAUCCAUGCAGAUGAUGGAAGUAUGCAGACGGCCAGCUCCCCCAUAUGCCACAGCAGCAACUGUUUCACAGGCACAAGCUCUUCCACCCUCUCUCAUGCCUAACUAUGUCCACUCUACAAAUGGCUCAGUUACGCUCACAUUCAACAACCAGAUUACCAAUCAGAGGAAUCCAGGACAUUUCGGCACCAGACGAUUCAGCGGCAGGCAGCACCUCACCACAAAAUAUGGCUUAUAUCAAGGAAGCCGAAGUGGGCGUGGAUAUAGUGGCAGUAGUCGUGGAGAAGCAGCGGCAGCAGCAGCAGCAGCAGCAGCUUUCCAACCUCAGCUGGUCCCAUCUAUCCUUUGCCCACCACCUGCUGCUGCUUACCAAGGCCUUGCUUCACCUGGCAAACAUGUGACAGUUGUAACUCAACAGCCACAGUUACAACUCCAGCCAUCUUUACUCUCACAGCAGGUGGGAGGCGGAGGUCAAUAUGUGCCAGUAUCAAUGGUGGAGCAACCAGGACGUGGAAUGCUUCUAACAACUGGAGCUGCAGUAGGGGGUGGCUGGGGACGUGGGGGGCAGAUGGCGCUUGUACCUGGUGGUUGGCAACAGCUUCCACAGCCUCCAACUUCCCUCCAACAGCCAGCAAGUCUCCUUCCUGAUGCCACGGAUGCCUGGAGACGCACAUUUCUGGUGGACUCAUCAGUCGUGCAAGGAGAUGCCCCUCCUGCCAUGUUUCCCGUUGAUCUCCAUCCUGAAUUGUAUGAGGCCUACCCAUCUGGCACUUGGGCAGGAAGUAAGAGGUCUAGCAAGGCCUCCCUUAUGGGCCACUCCAGCACUCAUGCAGCCCACACCUUGCAUGUCACUGGAAGACCAACUCAGCCACCUGCACAUGACAAGAAGGACCUGAGCCAGCAACUUUCACCUGUCAAGAAACGGGUGAAAGAGGGGACUCCACCAGGUGCAUCUUCAGCCCACUGGGGAGCAACCAGUACUGCACAACAAAUUAGUCACAGCAACUAUCAUACCAGUCACAACAGUCACCAUUCUACACACCACCCGGGACAUUCCAGUCAUGUGGGUCAUCCCCACCAUCAGGCGCACCACUCAAACCACUCCAACCAUCAUUCAAGCCACUCCUCCAGUCAUCACAUUGUCACUCAUGGGAACCAUACAGGCCACCAAAGCCAUAGUAGCAGUCAUAAUUCUCACAAUGGUGGGCAUCCUGGAUUACCUUCACAGCAAACACACAACAGUCAGCAGCACUCCAGCAGCAGUUACAAUGGAAAUAUGGGAGGCAGCGGCCGGCAGCAGACCAUCACCAUCCGUGACACUCCUUCUCCUGCAGUCUCAGUCAUCACUAUCAGUGAUAGUGAUGAUGAAGCAGGAGGUAAAUGCUGCAAAGAUAGACAUUGUGCUACUUGUGUCAACAAUAACCAUGGCAAGAUUGCAGUGUCUUCUCACCAGCAGCAUCAGGUCUCCCAUGACGACAAAUAUGCCAGUCUGUCCCACAAUUACUCGUCAGUGGGUGCAUCUCAGAGCCAGAAGAAGCGUCUGCUAGCCAAGGCCCAAAGUGAAUGCAUGCUACAUGUGGCAAAGCCUGAGGCACGGGACUAUUCAACACAGCAAGCAAGGGAUGAUAUUUAUACUACUAGAGAGCACCUGGCUCCUCCUGCUGCGCAUGUCAGGGACUCCCUUCUACAGCCACCGCCUGCCCACCGUGACAACCUCCCUCCACCCGCAGCUCACACUCGUGACCAUGCCCGUAGUCACUCUCACACUCACUCUCAUGCACACACACAACCCCCACAGGCCCAUAAAGACUAUUCAGUACAGUCAACUGUGCACCCGGCUGGCCACAAGGACUACUCCCAGCCGCCAGUAGCCCAUAGUAACCGUGACCAGCGCGUGGUGGUUGGGAGUGUGAAGGGAUGGGGAAGCAGCAGUAGUGGUGGUGGUGGAAGCAGCAGCAGUGUAGUUGUUGCUGGCCAGGGCAGCACAGGCAGUAGUAGUAGUUUGAAUUACGCUCCCACAAUAGGACGAACUCACGUGCCUGCGAGUCACCAUUCACCAUCAUCACAGGCACAUUAUGUCAAAGGAGCAUUGCCUCCACCAGCCCACCACAGCAGUGGGCGCACAGUGCUGGCUGCCCCACCUGCACACCCUUUACCUGCCCACAUGCAGCCAACUGCAGUGUUCCCUACACACCCCCAAGUAGCUGCACCCUACACUGCCUACACUGCUCUCUCUCCAGCCAAGAGCCAGUAUCAAAGCAUCUGGUUUUCUGAGUAG